GCAGUAGAAAGUACGUUCUAUACACGAAAAAGUAAUUUAUCAAUUAUAGGAAUGCGAUAUUGCGUACAUCUUGUAAAUUUUGAACAAACAUAGGCAUUAUUGUUUCUUUCAACCACUUUACUUUUAUUUCAAAUAAGAAAGGAUUUUAUGAUAUGUGAUUAGUAAUAUGGGAACCUGCAAGUGUUAAGUAUGGAGAAAAUGUGUGCUAUAUAAAAUUUAAGAAUUAGAAGAUGUAACACCCAUGACCAAGUAGCAGACGAUGCAGACGAUGUUAUUAUGUGUGUUGUAGAGCGAAUGUAAACAAAAAACAAAUCUUGUAAAUUUGUUUGUAAAUCACGGUGGGUGAAAGCAUUUCCAUCAGUUUAAAUAUCACUGUCAGACGAAGAAGAAACAGAUAUUGGAAAACUGUAUAUCAAUUGUUAAGUGGGAUAGAAUGGAGGGUGCACCUUACCAGUGAUUUGAAGAUGAACCAAGAGGACAACAUGCAUAGAAACAGACUGAGCCAGGAGGGACUGGUCUUAGCAGUGCUGAUGCUCACACUUAAUUUGUGUGGUGCUUCCAUGAUCACUUCUAGGGAUGAAAUUCUCAUUGGUCACUGUGAUCCUCCCAAGAUACCCAAUGGUGCAGUUGUUCCUGUGCAACAUACAUAUCAGAUUGGGGCAACUGUGGAAGUUGUGUGUUCAGGAGGCUUUGUUCUACAAGAGGAGAACAGGCUACACUGCACUGAUGAUGGAACAUGGGCAACAACCUCAGGAUAUGCUGCAAUCCUUGAAUGUGAAGCAAUAACCAUGCAUUGUGAACCACCACCCAACAUUGAGCAUGGUUCUGUGCAGGUGUUGGAACGGGAGAAUCUGCUUCUUGGAUCCCAUCAGGAGAGCCUGAGGGAAGUAGAUCGGUUCCAGGAAGGAAGCGUUGCAGAAUAUUCUUGUGACUUGGGCUACUGGUUGCAUCCAUCAUCCCAUUCUAGGCAUAUAUGUCUCCGAGGCCUAUGGAUGGGGGAAGUUCCACGAUGUGUUAGUAAAGGUUGCAUGAGCCCAGAACCAGUGAUGAAUGGCUACUACCUCGAGGUCACAGGAUCGUCAGAUGUUCAGUACCCUCCUGGUGCAAGGCUCCAGUUUGUGUGCCAUGUAGGUUACACCCUCCGUGGUGGAGAUUUGUUCGAUUGCAAUGAAACUGGUCAUUGGAUGCCCAGGACACAUCCUGUGUGCAAGCCUUCCCCAGAACUUAUUGGUUCUGUAUUAUGCCCAGUACCCCCAGAAGUUCUUCAUACUGGAAAGAAAAUUGUAGCAGGUGUCUUGACAGCAAAGGGAGCUAUACAUGGAACAUCUAUAGAAUAUAGAUGUCUAGCUGGUUAUAGAAAUGUGCUUGCACCUUGUGUUACCCAUACAUUAUCGUGCCAUGAGGGACAGUGGCAUGGAACCUCCCCAGAAUGUGAGGAAUUCACCAGUUGUGUGGCUCCACCUAAUAUAGCACAUGGUUACAUGUCAGACAGUGCUUCAUCAUAUGCUCUGCAAUCUCAGGUGUACUACGAUUGCGAACUUGGCUACCGUCUUGUUGGCCCUUCAGUAUUGACCUGUGAAGAAACUGGUUGUUGGACCCCAAGGAUGCCUCCUGUCUGCCAGCUUAGCCAUCAGUUUGAAGAUGAAAUACGUAAUGAAACUACUGUUCUGGACAUGCACACCAUUCUUGUGGCUACAACAGGAAGCGUCAUUGGGAUUCUGCUUAUUGUAUUGGCUCUGAUAUUUUUAAUUAUAACAAAUAUCAGUAGCCGACGUGACAAGCGUGGCCCACAGCUCGGGACUACCACACUCCUACGCCUAAUUAUCGUGACGGACUCUGCUAAAAAGAGCUCUCACCUUGCUUAG